AUGAGUAAUCGAGAGGUGGUUGUUCUGAGUGUGGGAGGGGUGAGAUUUGUAACCAGGGCUUCUACCUUGCAGCAGUUCCCAGAGUCCAGGCUGGCACGGAUGUUGAAUGAUGAUAACCAGGAAUUCAAACUGGUGAAUGGAGAGUUUUUUGUGGACAGAGAUGGAACUUUGUUUAGUUACAUCAUGGACUUCUUGAGGACUCUCCACGUCUCCUUACCAACUGAUUUCUCAGACUAUCAGAGGCUGCAGAGGGAAGCAGAAUUCUAUGGGCUCUACACUCUGGCUGACCUCCUGAGCCAAGAACACUUGCUGAAGCCAAGGCUGGAGAUCUUGGAAGUGCGUUUUUCUCUCCAAGAGAUGCAGGCCUUUUUCCGGAUCUUUAGUUCCUGCAGUGCCACUGUUGAGGCACUAGCUGAAAAGAUCACAGUGUUCAUGGUGCAGCAGUCAGGACAGAGCUGGAACAGCUGUUUUCCUUCUCAGAAACCCCUUGUUCCACUUCCUUUGGAAAGACCUUCUCAUCAUGACAUGGUUUUUCAGUGCGGUACUGACCUCUCUGCUGGUGACCAGUUCGUGGCCAGGUAUGUUUCCAUAAAGCCAGAUAACAGAAAGCUGAUUAACGGUACAAACGUGCUAGGCCUGCUACUUGACACUUUACUCAGAGAUGGAUUUCACCUCAUAAGCACCAGGACAGUCUCUGGUGAAGACAAAGUGGAAUGCUUCAGUUUUGAACGGGUGAAGAGGCCAGCAGGCCUUGCCAUCACACUGAAGAACACCCCAGGGAGCUCCAGGGUGGCACAGGCAAAGAGAAGCCAAGUGCAGAAAGGGAAAUAAAGGCUUUUCUUUUCAUCUGCUGAAGGUGGAAGAGGGGUGUGUCAGUGCUAGUGGCCUUUUUCUGACUUGUUUCAAACUGCAACUAUUGAGGGAAGGAACAAACAAACAAGUUGGGUUUUUUUCUAGUAUUCGGAAGGAAAAAAAUUGCUUUCCUGCUUUUUACUACUCCACCCUCUUCAACUCUAAAUAAAAGAACCACAGAUCCA